AUGAAAGAAGGACAAAGGCGAGGAGUGGGAAUCGUGUUUGAGAGGAAAUCCCUGACAAAUCCGAAUGAACAAAUCGAUUUACUGCAAGAUGAGCUACGAAAUAGUAAAGAAACAAUUGGCGAACUCGAGGCUCAGGUGGCACGAUUGACGAAUGAUUUGGUGGAGGCGAAAUCGAGGCCGAGACACGGUCUUGAGGAUAUCGCUGCACUCGGCAGUCUGUUAAAGGAUAAAGAUGAUCAUAUUACGAAAAUCACCGAAGAGAAUCGAAAACUUCAACAGAGAAACGAGGCCGAAGCAAAGAAACAGCUGCUGAAAAUUGAUGAGCUGCAAAAGGAAGUGGAUCGAUACGCGUUCGUUGUGGAAGCGCUGAAUUCAGAGCUAGAGAAACGAGUCGACUAUGACCAAAUCAAACAGGAACUCAACAUCUACCGUCAAUUGGACCUUGGCGGAAAAUCGGAUGUCGACGAUUUUAUCGCCUCAUCUCUCGAGGGAACACUCAAAACUCUCGACCUUUUAGUUGGAAAGAGCAAAAUUUUUGACAAUGAUACCUCUAAAGUAACCGCCGAUUUGACACUUCAGCACCUUUCUGGAAAAACUUCAAUUGUUGAUGUGAUUGGAAAGGCAUCAAUGAAUGAAUCCCCACUGGCUGACGAUGAUCCACAAGCGAUUUUCAAUCGACUUUUUAAGUCAAUUUCAUCGAGUCCAACUAUGCCAUCAUCUCCCGGUCCACAUAUCACAUCCCAGUUUGACUUGAACAAUGACAAUGAGGAAAAAGAUACCGACAAGUUCUUGUCUCUUGCCGAUAUUCCGAAUAUUAGCAAUUACACUGGUGAGCCACCGAAACAUCCAUCGGAAAUCAAGGCAAUCGGCGAUUUGUCGAGUCUUGUCGCUGCAAAUGUUCGAAAACUUGGCACAAAAGCUCUCAAUACGGCCGAACUGGCUCGACAAUGCAAACGACUCAUGGCUGGCUAUAAUAUUGGACAAAGACUUUUCGCAAAAUAUGUCAUGAAUCAGUCGCAAGGCUCAUUGAGUGAACUGUUGUCCAAACCGCGUCCUUGGUGCAAAUUGACCGAUAAGGGAAGAGAAGCUUUUCGACGGAUUUAUGCCUGGAUUUCUGAUGUCACUGCCGUUCAACUCCUUUGUCAGAUCAGUCCUCGAAGAAUUAUGAGUGACGAGUUGCGAAUGGAACACCCGAAACCGGAGUCUCUUUGGGAGGACGAUGGUGUGAAUGAUCUCGUAUCUUCGCCAGCCCCUCCCAUCCCACAACCAAAGCCCAAACCCGAGCCAAUCAAUGAGUCACCCUCUCCGCCAAAGCCACGACCUCAGCCGAAUGGAAACGCGCAACGAGGAGCGUCGAGUCGCUGGCGGCACGAUGACAUUCCCAAGGAGAAAAUCAUGUCGAUUUUUCAAAACGAGUUGGCGAAACUUAAAGAACAGGAGAGUAACAUCGAGAAAGCGAUCAACUCUCGCUCAUGCCCUUCAACAUUGCAGAGACUUGAGGACAUUGCUUAUGGCGGCAUCACUACACAAGGACUCCCCAGCAAACACGCCUUGCAGGUUCUCAAUUCUCGAGUCAAGAAUGGCUUGCAAAUCAUCACGCAAGAACAAUUUGAAGAAUUCGGAGUGAUCAACACUGAGGAGGUGGUUCGACAGGUGAAAGAUUUCUUAAUGAUCAACACGAUCUCUCAGCGACAAUUUGGAGAGGCUGUACUUGGUCUGAGCCAGGGUUCUGUGUCUGAUCUCUUGGCUCGACCAAAGUCUUGGCAAAUGCUGACACAAAAGGGACGGGAGCCGUUUAUUAGAAUGAAAUUAUUCAUGGAUGAAGUGGCUGUGGUGGCUGCAGCUAAUCAAGAAGAAGAUGUUGAAAGAAUGGAGUUCAUGGCGAAUCACCUUUCAUCUAGAGGUUCGUCGAUUGAUCAAGGACUAGAUGAGAGAUAUUCACCGCUUAUCGCCACUGCCACAGUUGAAGCUGUUGAAGGGGAUGAUGUAGCUGUACUUUUUCUACCGGUUAUUAAAUCGGAAAUCGAUGAGGACUAUGAGGAUUUACGGCUGGCAACAGUGGCCACGACAAAGAGAAUCUCUGAAGAAGAAGAAACUGAUGCACCGCCAAAGAAAAUGCAGAGAACGGUGAUCACCGAACAUCAAAGAGAAGCACUGAAAUUCGUCUUUUCCCAUGAGCAACACCCAGCCGGUCGAACCAUUGAGAUGUUAGCUGGAAGACUGGGACUCUCGUCGAGGACUGUAUCAAAUUGGUUUCACAAUUACCGAACUCGGCAAAAGGCAUCGUUGAAAGAAGGGAAACCGCCGGUAACUCCAACGCCAAAUGUGGAUUUGUCAAAGACUUGGAAAAGGGAUCUUUCCGAGAUUUUGAAUCCGAAAGCGAAAGGCGAAAGAAAUGUUGGAGCAGAGAGUAUUCUGGGGAGUCUUCUUGAGAAAGCCGUUGAGGAAAUGAGAAGAAACGCUGAGCAGAGUGCUGGGACUGAUGAA